UUGGUGAUGCUGGUGAAGGAAAACCCGUUGCUCGCAGAGGUGGAGGCUCUGGACAAAAGCAGAAGAGUGAUGGAGCUCAUCUGUGAGAAGUGCAUCAAGCAGCAGGACAUGAACGAGGUUCUGGCGAUGAAGAUGCACUACAUCAGCUGCGUGCUGGGGAAGUGUGCCUCCUUCCUGAAAGACCGUGAGGAUAAGCUGGACGGCCUCAUAAAGAGUUUGCUGAAAGGUCGGGACAGCGACGGUUUCCCAGUCUUUCAGGAAAAGUUCAUCCGCGAGUGUAUACGCAAGUUCCCGUACUGCGACGCCACGCUGCUGCAGCAGCUAGUGCGGAGUAUCGCUCCGGUGGACAUUGGAAACGACCCCACAGCUCUGUCAGUGCUGACUCAGGCUAUAACGGGUCAGGUUGGCUUCAUGGAUGCAGAGUUCUGUACCACCUGUGGGGAAAAGGGAGCCGAGAAAAGAUGCUCCAUCUGUAAAAUGGUUAUCUACUGUGGCCAAGCGUGCCAGAAAAUGCAUUGGUUCACCCACAAGAAGGUUUGUAAGAAGCUCCAAGAGGAGCGAGAAAAGCAGGAGGUUGAAGCGGCCAGACUGAGGAUGCAGCAGAGUAAAGAGGAAAGUAGCGUUCAGGAGGCUGCAGAUUCCAUGCAGGAGCUCUCUGUAGAAACCAAGAGUGACGAGACUCCCUCAGACUGAGAAACACCCGAACAGCCUGAUUUCAGGCACCACCAUCUUCA